AUUUCCUUUAUAGAAAAGCACAUGACCAUCCUGUGAUUUUAUGUCUCUGGGUCAGCUGAGCUGUUGUCAGUGUGAGGAUUAGAUCCCGACUGAAUUUUACUGAGGAAGUUAGAAGCAGAAAUGAAUCCAGCCCGGUGGGUUUUUGUUGUCUUCCUGACAGCUGGUGCCUCUGAGCUUUGCUUUGCCGGACCUUUCCAUGCCCAGUGCAAAGUGGAAUGGUACUUUGGGAUACCGUGUCAAAAGGUUUAUGAGGCGCUGGUCUCACAGAUCCAGAAGUGGAGAACCAUGGCCGGCUGCACCUUGGGAGGACAGAAGUGCCUGUAUAAGCUGCAGUCUGCCUCGGUCCACUUCAUAGCAGCCAAACACAUCACUCCCUUCAAGAGGUCUGUGGACGACAUCAACUUCCGGCUGGUCCCCUACCACUUCUUCACCUGCUGUCAUGUUUCUGCUAUGUCCGUUUCUGAGACCUGGUACGCCAUGAAAGACCACGGCACCAACUACUGCAACCUCUACAACCUCAUAGAAGGAAGCGGUCUGAAUGAAGCCAGAGGUUAUAGAGAGGUCACCAGUGACUUCAUGUGUACGCAGCGCUCCUCUGCUAACUGCACGGUCUACUGACAAGAGCAAUCACUCACGCUUAUAAUCCAGCCAACUGGAUUGAAUUGUUCUUUUCUAAGCUUUAUUUUGGUAUAUUCUGUAUUUCGACUUGUAUUGGCACUGGUUUAGACUUUUAUCUUGUAAAAUAAAUUGUUGUAAUUAAA